AUGUUAGACACCUCCAAUGGCUCGCAGGAAGCCACUGGUCUCCGCACUAAAAAUGAUAUCAUUAGUAAUUCUAGCAACUUGACGAAGGCAUUGUACUAG